AUGAGCCAAGAGACAGCGAUAACAAGCUUCAAGAAAUUUCAACAGUCAUGGAUCGAGCAGCUACAACUCCACCUCAACCACCUCCGCUCCGCCCAAAACCACCACCGGAACUCCGUGGAGGGUGACGAGGAUCGGCUAAGGGAGGCGGCGGAGAGAGUGAUGGAACACUGUAGAGAGUAUCACAGAGUGCAAUGGACGACGACGGAGAAAGAUGUGAUCGGAGUUAUGGCUGCUCCUUGGUUGUCGGCUCUUGAACGGUCGCUCCAUUGGGUCGGUGGUUGGCGACCAACCACCUUGUUUCACUUGAUUUACACCGAGUCUAGUAUUUUGUUCGAGUCUCGUAUCGUUGAUAUCCUCCGUGGUUUUCGUACUGGUGAUCUCAGUGAUCUAUCUCCUUCUCAAUUCAGGAAGGUGAGUGAGCUACAAUGCGAGACGGUGAAGGAAGAGAAUGCGAUAACGGAAGAGUUAUCGGAGUGGCAAGACGAUGCAAGCGAGCUCGUCAUGGGAACGAUGACUGAUCGUGAUCAGAGGAUCCGACGGCUAACAGAGAUCGUCCAUCGAGCCGAUGAUCUACGGCUGAGAACGGUCACGGGUGUGGUGGAGCUCCUUCGUCCGCUCCAACAAGCAGAGUUUCUUAUCGCUGCCGCUGAGCUACGUACUGGCGUUUCUGGUUGGGGGACUAGCCAUGACCGUCGUCGAACUUCCGACAUCUAAAAGAUUAUUUAAACGGGUUAUAAAGCUUAGUGAGAGAAUUGAGAAGAUUUAUUAGUUUUGAGAUCGUAAUUUUAUGGUUUUUAGUAUUUACCAUGUGUUUUAUUGUCCAAAUUGGUUUUGGUUUUUACAUGGUUAUGAGAUAUAAAAAAAAAUAUCUCCUACGCUAUGGAGGUGAAUGGUGAUAAAGAUCAUCGAACUAUGUCUCGUGU